CAACAUUACGCCGCCCACAUUGCUUAUUUCUACCAGGUCCUCCACAACGACGAUGACCGGGCCUCGCUCAGUCAACGUGGGCGUGCUUGGCGCAACCGGAACCGUCGGGCAGCGCUUUAUUGCGCUCCUUGCCGUACAUCCCUACUUCAUCGUGCAUGCACUGGGCGCCUCGCCGCGGUCAGCAGGCAAGCCCUACGCGGAGACCGUCAGGUGGAAACAAACAGAUCCCAUACCGAACCCCGUUCAAGGUCUAGUGGUCCAAACUUGCGAGCCCAAGUACUUCAAAGACUGCGCAGUGAUAUUUUCUGGGCUGGACGCUGAUGUCGCAAGCGAUAUCGAGGCUGCUUUCAGGGCCGCAGAUCUUGCAGUUUUCUCAAACGCAAAGUCAUAUCGACGGGAUCCGCACGUUCCCUUGAUCGUUCCUUUGGUCAACACCGCCCAUCUUUCCAUUAUUCCGCAGCAGCGCGCCUUGCAUUCACCACCACUCAAAAAAGGGUUCAUUGUCACGAAUGCCAACUGCUCGACGACUGCUGUCGUCAUUCCGCUCGCCGCGCUUGAGCGCGCCUUCGGACCCAUUGAGUCCUGCAUCAUCACCACUAUGCAGGCGAUCUCAGGCGCAGGAUAUCCCGGCGUCCCGUCUCUCGAUAUAUUUGAUAAUAUCGUUCCAUACAUCAGCGGGGAGGAAGAAAAGAUGGAGUGGGAAACUCUCAAGAUAUUGGGAGGAGUUGCGGAGGCUGAUGACGGGACCAAGGAGUUCGAUAUGCAUUCUAAAACGCCGCUGCGCAUCUCCGCAUCGUGUAAUAGGGUUCCCGUCAUCGAAGGCCAUACGGAAACCGUUUCCAUCCGGUUCUCUCGCCGUCCUCCCCCAAGUCCGCAGCAGGUCCGCGAGGCUCUCCAGGCUUACAGCCCUGAUGCUCUCGCGGCUGGCUGUCCCUCCGCUCCCCGUCACGCCAUCUUCGUGCACGAGGAGCCUGAUCGCCCACAGCCACGUUUAGAUCGCAACUACCAGCUCGGAGCGGGAGUCUCGGUCGGUCGGGUGCGGCAGUGUCGGGUGCUGGAUAUCAAGUUUGUCGUCCUUGCGAACAAUGUGAACAUUGGUGCGGCGACGAGCAGUAUCAUCAAUGCGGAGAUGGCGAUCGUGAAGGGCAUUGUGACGGCGUAGAGUUUGAGGUUGAAAGGUACAUGUACGACUUAUUAUUUUCUUUGACGGAAGAAUACAAUCUAGCUGCGAGUGUAAUAUACGCGGCGCAUAGCUGCAGGGAGCAGUUUGCACCUAUUCUAUGUAGUCGAUUCGUUAUGUAGUUGACUCGUGUGGUCGACUCGCUGGGUUUUACGAAAGAAAUUUCGAAAGUUGUUCACUCUUUCUUAGUACCUUGAGGCUCUAGAUCAGUCGUUCGGAGACCUUU